CCGAGUGCCACUCGGCCAGUCAUCCCUUAUCAGCAAUCUUCCCAGCUCUUUUGCAGAGCUUGUGUGCAUCCUCAAGCUUGCUGCAUCAAUGUGGAAUAGCCAGGUUAUACCAGUAUCUCCUCGGACUUUGACUAAUUACCGCAAAUAUGUCUGUCGUCGUAGUCGCCGGUGGUCUCGGCGACAUGGGAAGGCUCAUCACCGAUGCCCUUCACGAGACCGGCAAAUAUGAGGUCUACGUCAUGUCACGCAAAGUCCCCGAGGACUACCCGACCCGUGUCUCCCCAUUGACAAACAAGACAUAUCUCCCCAUUAUCCAGACAGACUACAGCUCGGAGGCGGCCGUGGCCGAGCUCCUGACGCAACACAAAGUCCACACCGUCAUCUGCACCUUCGCGCUCGACUUCCAAGCCGCCAGCAACUCGCAGUUGACUCUCAUCCGAGCCGCCGAGCAGGCAGCUUGCGUCAAGCGAUUCAUCCCCUCCGAAUUCAACAUCGACUACGACCAAGGCGACGACGUGCUGCCAUAUCCCGACAAGCGAUUCCACACUGUUGCGCGGCGCGAGCUGGAGCGGACGAGCCUCGAGUUCACGUAUAUAUACCCGGGCAUGUUCAUGGACUAUUUCGGCAUGCCCAACAUCUCGACGCACCUGCGGGAGCUGUGCGUCUUCACCGACCCCACAAACGGAGUCGCGGCCUUGCCGGGAGACGGCGAGGCCCGGAUGGCCAUGUCCUACACCAAGGACGUCGCGCGGUACACAGCCCUUGCCCUCGAGCUGGACAAGUGGCCGCGGGUCAUGACGACGGCGUCGAGCACCGCCGCGCCAAACGAGCUGGUGAUCCUGGCCGAGAAGAAUCUGGGUCGCAAGCUCGCGGUGACGUACCAGCCGAUUGCUGACCUGCUGGACCACAAGAACGCGGUCCUACCGAGGAACGUCCCCAUUGCCGAGCACUUCCCUGGAGGGUUGGAGCAGCUCAGGGCUCUGACAGCGGACCUGGAGGCGUCCGUGGCUCUGGGCGCAUACGACUUCUCGAGGCUGCCCGACCAUCUGGAUUUGGUCGAGCAUUUCGCCGGCAAGACUGCGGCGCCGAUGCGGAUCGAGGGGCUGAUGGAGAUGGCGUGGAAGGGGAAAUGAGCUGCGUGUGUCCGUUAAUUCGUCGGUCGGCCAACAGCUAAGCCUGAAGUUGUGUCCGGGCUUCUCUCGGUAGUAGUAGUAGUUAGCAAGUUAAUACGCAGCUCAGUGGGGUUACGUGAGCUUGCUUGCUAGACCAAUAUUUGCGAUUGA